CGGGCCGCUGCCGGAUUCGCCGCGGCUGCCGUGUGACGUGGCACAGUCGAAGCCUUAACACUAGAGCCGGAGGGGCCGCGCCAGUCGUCGAGCGGGUCCGCGCCCCGUUAGUACCUUUGGCGGUGCUUCGCCUGACGCGCCGGCUAGCGAGCCGUUCCUGCCGCCCUCUGCCUCAGCUCCUCUUUCUUCUCGCUCAGUUUGCGGGGAGCGUGAACGGAGAAGGCCUGUGGACGCUCCCAACCUCUGCCCAUCGCAAGUGCCACCACCGCCAUGGGCCUCACCAUCUCCUCCCUCUUCUCCCGCCUCUUCGGCAAAAAGCAGAUGCGCAUUUUGAUGGUUGGAUUGGAUGCUGCUGGCAAGACGACCAUUCUGUAUAAGCUGAAGUUAGGGGAGAUAGUCACCACCAUUCCUACCAUCGGUUUUAAUGUGGAAACAGUAGAAUAUAAGAACAUUUGCUUUACAGUGUGGGAUGUUGGUGGUCAAGAUAAAAUAAGGCCUCUCUGGAGGCAUUACUUCCAAAAUACCCAGGGUCUUAUUUUUGUGGUAGAUAGCAAUGAUCGUGAAAGAAUUCAAGAAGGAGCCGAUGUGCUGCAGAACAUGCUUAAGGAAGACGAGUUGCAAGAUGCAGUGUUGCUGCUUUUUGCAAACAAGCAGGAUUUGCCAAAUGCUAUGGCCAUCAGUGAAAUGACAGAUAAAUUAGGUCUUCAGUCUCUUCGUAACAGAACAUGGUAUGUUCAAGCCACUUGUGCUACACAAGGAACUGGUCUGUAUGAGGGACUUGACUGGCUGUCAAAUGAGCUUUCAAAACGUUAAAGGAAACUGGACAUCUAACGAAGGACAUGUUUGAUAGAAUUGAUCUAGGCUUGUUACAACAAAAUUAGCUUGCAUCUUGGUUAUUAAACAGUAUCUGGGACUGGUUUGGGUAGAAUAUUACAGCGUUUAAACUUAUUUUGUUGCCAAUUGUUUACCAAGCAUAAUGUUGCAAUUUAGCAAUAUGUUUGGUUUUAAAGAAAUUCUCCUUAACUUGGAAAAAAAGUGUCCUCUUAAUUUUUCUUCCCUUAAGCCUAAAUGCCUGGACAUAGCUAUUGUGACACCUUUAAAUAAAUCCGUUUUGAAUGUUUUUUGAGCCCUCAACAAAUAAUGUUUUAAAGUUAUCCCCUUGCUACUUUACUGAUAACCUUGAUCAUUCCGGGGACAGUCUGCUGAUUUAAAAAAUGUAGCAUUCCAUUUGUAUUUAUUUUUCUCCCUUGCCAAAAAGAUUUUCUAAUACUGCUUGUACCAGCCAGGGAAAUGCUCCAAAACACUAUUCAGAUCCCUUGCACUGAGGAAACUUAUUUUUCCCCCCAUUAUUGACUCCUGGCUUCUAUCAGCCAAGAUUACCUUGGUGUGGUUUGGAUUCGAUAGCUAAUUAGUUCUGUGCUGGUUGCAAAGAGUUCAUAUUGAGAUGAUUUUUUUAAUACCCAGCAGAUUGUCUUUCUUUAUAUUGUAUCUUUUUUAUGUUGCAUGUUGCUUUUGGUAUCAGCCUGACUCUUUGCCCAGUAUAUGAUAGUUCUGCUGUUGUUUUAUUGUUUAUUGGUGAACAUAUCUUCAUUCAGAGUUUUUGAAAAACUCUUCAAACUCAAAUGAAUACAUUUUCUUCAUAACCCAUUUGGAACUAUUCCUAAUAAAAUGAUAAACUAUGUAA